UACAUACAUUACCUUCUCUCUCUACACUCUCUCUCUCUCUCUCUCUCUCCUGUUUUAAUUUCAUGUGUAUGGCUUUUAUCGAAUCUUGUUGGUUUUAGCUGCAAAUCCAGGAUAUGGGAGGAAAGUGAUGAUGGCCUGUGUGCAGAUUUAUGAAGAAUGAAAGGCAUUAAUUAAUUACAUACAUACUACUGAGUAUAGAUAUAUAUAUAGCUACACAGCUUUGUAUAUAUAUAGGAGAGAAGAGACUGUACUCCUGAAAUUGACCUUUCUGUAAUACCUUUCAUCAGCUUCCACUUUCUGCAACCCUUUCCAAUUUUAGGGUUUCUCUCUGCACACAAUUAUUCCCUUCUCUAAAUUCAAGAAAACCUACCUAGCUGCCCACCCCUCUAAUCUACUCUCAGCUACAAUAAUCUACAUAUACAUAUAUAAAAUAUUCUAAAUAUAUAUAUAUAUAGAAAAUAAAAAAAGAAGAUUUUGAGAGAAAUAUGUUAGGUGCAGUAGUGGAUGAAAAUAGUACAAUGUCAAAUUUAACAUCUGCAAUAUCAAAUGAAGCAAGCAUUUCUUCAACAAGCAACAUCAAUACUAUUAUUCAGACAACCCAAUUACAACCUCCGAAUUCCAAGAAGAGAAGAAAUCUCCCAGGCAACCCUGAUCCGGAGGCGGAGGUGGUGGCGUUAUCUCCAAAAUCACUAAUGGCGACGAACAGAUUUGUGUGCGAGAUAUGCAGCAAAGGGUUCCAGAGAGACCAGAAUUUACAGCUGCACAGAAGAGGGCACAAUCUGCCAUGGAAGCUGAAGCAAAGGAGCAAACAAGAAGUGGUAAGGAAGAAGGUGUACGUUUGCCCUGAACCCGGAUGUGUGCACCACGACCCGGCGAGAGCGUUGGGAGAUCUAACUGGUAUCAAGAAACACUUUUCGAGAAAACAUGGCGAGAAGAAAUGGAAGUGUGACAAGUGCUCCAAGAAAUAUGCAGUCCAGUCUGAUUGGAAAGCUCAUUCCAAGAUCUGCGGUACUCGCGAGUAUAGAUGUGAUUGCGGUACUCUCUUUUCCAGGAGGGACAGUUUCAUAACACACAGAGCAUUCUGCGAUGCAUUGGCAGAAGAAAGUUCAAGAUCAAUCACACGUGAUCUUCAUAACCCUCUUCAUUUCUUGUCUUCCCAAACACCCCCUAUUAAUAACAACCAACCUCAUAUCCAUGGCGGCGCCGCCUCCGCCUUCCACCACCCAUUCAUCCCAUCACUCAAACAAGAAAACCAGACCACCUUCAACGUCCACCAGCUUCCGCCAUGGCUAUCACCUCUCCAUGAACAACACCACCACCACCAACCCUUGUUCAGUACCUCACAGCCAUCAAUUGUUCAAGAAAACCCUAACCCUAACACCACCACCACCACCGCCGCCGCCGCCGCCGUUGCCGGAACUUCUACUUCUUUAAUGUCGGCCACCGCUCUGCUGCAGAAAGCGUCGCAAAUGGGGGUGACUAUGAGCACGAAAACGGGCCAUCAUCAUCAGUUUUCUGGUGAAUCAUCUGGUGGUUUAAUUAUGAACAGACCCCAUAAUAUUCAGCAGCACGUGGGUGCACCGGGUUUCUAUGCUACCUCGUCCACGUCGACUAAUAAUACAAGUACAGCUGGCUUACUGCCGUCACGUGAAGAUAUGGGAACAGACUUGUUUGUGCAUGGCUUGGCGUCUUUCGGGAACAAGCUUGCUAACGUCCCCACUGGUUGCAUGCAACUUCAAAAUAAUAAUAAUAUUAAUAAUAAUAAUAAUGGCAACAGCUUUCUGGCAUUUGAUCAAGAUAAUUUUGAUGGAAUGUUGAACCAACAGAGAAACGGUGAUUAUAGUUUUCAAGAAGAUGCCCAUUUGAUCAUGAGUACUGCUGCUGUAAGGAAAGCAGGUGGUGGCAGCGGCGGUGGUGGUGGUGGUGGUGCCGCUAACGGCGGCGGUGGUGACGACGGUAUGACAAGGGAUUUUUUAGGGCUAAGAGGAUUUCCGGAUAGAGAUUUUCUGAAUAUGGCUGGUUUUGAACAAAUGGGAUCUUCAUCUAAUAAUUAUGAUGAUCAUCAACAAGCUCAGAAUCAAGAUCCAUGGCAGAGUUGAUCAUUACAGAUAAUGCUUUGCUUUGCUUGAUUUUUAUUUUAUUUAUUUAAUUAGUCUAUUUUGAUCUCCAUAUUUUGUUGUAUUUCAUCAAUUUUUAGUUCUAUGGAGGGGCUAAUUAAGCUCCCUUUUAUUGUAAUAAUACUCAUAUAAUUGCAAUUAUUGUUGUUCUAGCUUUUUUCACUUCA